AUGGCUGGCACCGGGAGCGCUCCUUACCCCACUCCAGGAUUUCGCCAGCUGGGAACCACGUGACUUCCUCUCGCAACCAAGAUGGCGUCGUGGAGGAAGAUGUUUGCUCUCUUCUCUCUCGUUUUGCUGUUUUUCUGCAGUUCGAAUGCUCAAACAUGUGUGGGCCCCACCGUAGAGGCUUCCUCCUUCACCUCCAACGAUGCAAACCUCGCCAUGGAGACAACCUUCCUGGUGGAGUUCACCCUCACCUGCAAGAAUGCAGCCAAGGACCUAGUUCUGCAUGCCGACAUUGGCGACCGCCAGUUCCCCGUAAGCCGCAGUGCGGACGGUAUUCGUUACCAAGUCAGCUGGACUGCGGAGCACAAACAGGCCCCGGCCGGCAGCUAUGACAUCAGGUUCUUUGACGACGAAGGAUUCUCUGCACUCAGAAAGGCCCAGAGAAGCGACCAGGAUGUGAGUGCUGUCAGUUCACUCUUCACCAUUACAGUUCACCACAGGGGUGUUUCCCAGGGUCCGUGGGUCAGCUCGCCAACCGUGGCCGCCGUCGCUGCAUUCGCCGUCUGGCUGUUCGCCUACAGAGCCAAGAGACAGAUCCAGGAUUGAACGCAGACAUAACAGCCAAUGGGAAAACGUCUUUUACAAGGAGUGAAGAAAUAAAAUCUUUUAAUACCAUUUG